AUGAAAUUAAGUAUUGGAUAUGAUAUUGGCAGUUCAUCAAUAAAAGGGUCAUUAGUUGAUAUAGAAAGUGGAACAUCUUUAAUAACUGAUUAUUAUCCUAAAAAGGAAAUGAAAAUUUUAUCAAAACAAGAUGGAUUUGCUGAACAAAAUGUAGAAGAAUGGUGGAAAAAUAUUCAACAAGUUACUCAACAAAUUGUUUAUUUUAUCAAGGAACAUGGACUUUCAAUUUCCAAUAUUGUUUCAAUUGGUAUAUCUUAUCAAAUGCAUGGAAUUGUUUUAAUUGAUUCUCAAGGAAAAGUAUUACGUGAUGCAAUUAUUUGGUGUGAUUCAAGAGGUGUAUCAUAUGGCUAUGAUGCAGAACAAAAACUUGGACAUGAUUUUUGUUUAAAACAUUUGUUAAAUCUUCCUGGGAACUUUACAGCAACAAAAUUAGCAUGGAUAAAAGAACAUGAACCAGAGAUUUUUAAUCGUAUUUAUAAAGUAUUACUUCCUGGUGAUUAUAUUGCUUUUAGAAUGACUGGUAAACCAACUACAACACAAUCUGGAUUAUCAGAAUGUAUGUUAUGGGAUUAUAAAAGACAAGAAAUAUCUACUGAAAUGAUGAAUUGGUUAGGAUUAAGAAAUGACCAACUUGGAGAUAUUGUUCCCACGUUUGGUGUUCAAGGUAAAUUAAGAAAAGAAAUUGCAAAUGAACUUGGAUUAGUUGAGGAUAUUCCUAUUACUUAUAGAGCAGGUGAUCAACCAAAUAAUGCUUUUUCAUUAGGUGUAUUAAAUCCAGGGGAAGUUGCAUCUACAGCAGGAACAUCAGGAGUAGUUUAUGGUAUAACAGAGUUUCCAUUAUAUGAUGAAUUAUCAAGAAUUAAUACAUUUAUUCAUGUAAAUAAUUCCCAAUUUCAACCUAGAAAUGGAAUAUUAUUAUGUAUUAAUGGAACUGGAUGUUUAUAUUCAUUUAUUAAGAAAUUACUUGAUAGUGAUUAUAAAGUAAUGGAUGAAUUAGCUGAACAAGUUCCUAUUGGAAGUGAUGGUCUUGUUAUUCUCCCAUUUGGUAAUGGGAGUGAAAGAAUGUUACAAAAUAGUUGUAUUGGAUGUUCUAUUGAACAUUUAAAUUUUAAUGUUCAUACAAAACAACAUCUUAUCCGAGCAUCACAAGAAGGAAUUGUAUUUGCCUUUGCAUAUGGAAUUGAACAAAUGAGAAAUAUGGGAAUGUCAAUUACUACAAUUAAAGCAUGUUAUACAAAUAUGUUUCAAAGUAAAUUAUUUGUUAAAACAUUAUCUGCAGUAACAAAUACAACAAUUGAACUUUACCAAACUGAUGGUUCAUUAGGAGCAGCAUUAGCAAGUGCAGUUGGUAGUGGUUAUUUUACUUCAUUAAACCAAGCAUUAAAUUCAUUAAAAAUGGUUGAUAAAUAUACUAUCCCAAAAGGAGAAUGUAUAGAAUAUUGUCAAGCUUAUUCUCAUUGGAAACAAGUUUUGAAUGAACAUCUGUCACAUAAUUAUUAA